AUGUAUAUCUAUGGGGAAGGAAGUCCAUUCAUUUAUAGGUCUAUAGAAAAUGCCCUGAAGAGCAAUGGCAUCAUAUCAAAUGUUGGUUGGCUUUCCACAGUCAACCCAGUCUAUGUGGACAACGUAGCCUGGGCCCACAUUCUGGCCUCGAGGGCCCUGCUGGACCCCAAAAAGGCCUCAAGCAUCCAAGGGAAGUUUUACUACAUCUCAGAUGACACGCCUCACCAAAGCUAUGAUGACCUCAAUUACAACCUGAGCAAAGACUGGGGCCUCUCUGUUGACUCUGGACCAAGAAUGCCUCUGUGUGUGCUCUACUGGAUUGCCUUCCUGCUGGAAACUGUGAGCUUCCUACUGCGUCCAAUUUACAAAUAUCGACCCCCUAUCACCCGCCACGUGCUGACCUUGGCUAACAGUGUGUUUACUUUCUCCUACAAGAAAGCUGAGCGAGAACUAGGGUAUAAGCCACUCUUCAGCUGGGAGGAAGCCAAGCAGAGAACCUCAGAGUGGAUUGGUAGCCUGGUGAAAGAGUACGAGAAGAGCCUGAAGCCAAAGACUCAGUGAUGUGAGAAUAACAGGAAUGAGGAUGUGUGAGAUGUCUGACAAGCUCUCCCCUUCUGGAUUCCUAGAGAAAGUGACAUGGGCGCAAACUUAGGUGCUACUGCCUCCCUCUUCCCCAAUGGCCCACUGACUAUCUUCUAUUGCUACCAGAAAACUUCCCUGCCACUCACCCAGCCAGAAACAUCCGCCCUACCCAUCCACCAGAGGACUAGGCAAGGUUUGCAUCAGCUGCCUUUCCUCCCUUAAAUAAUAAAUCACGUAUCUUCUAUCUUAAAAACUCC